CAAGGCUGUCUGUUUACCCACUUCCUAUUUCCUUGAUAAUUUAAAAAAACAAAGUGACAUUUGUUGAUUUCGUCAAGCAAGUGUGUGAGUGAGUCAAGUCAAUCGAAAUCGAAAUAAAUAAUUAUUGUGAUACAUAAUAAAACAUUUUAACAUGUGAGUGAUGAGUUGUACGGAAAAUGAAAGUGGCCCUUUUGUCGUGUUCUUCUUACCAGCGCUUGUCGGCUGCCUGACCAUACUUUUGGCCAGACGCUGGGCUAACUCACAAGUUAGCAAUACUUCCUCGACAGCCGUCUCUAGACGGCGAAAGAUCAUUAAGGAUCCGCUUAUUAAGCGGCCUUUGCCGCCGAUUGCCUGUAAAAUGAUGCCGCCUGGAUCAAAGAAAACCGCUGGAGUGAGUAAGAAGGGAGUAUUUCCAACCACUGAGGAGGAAAUGAAUGGCGGCAAACGUGUGGGCCGUCCUCGCCUCGCGCCGACCAUCACCCCACUACUAUCAGAGGUCAAACUCGCAGAGGGACCAGUCCCUCCCAAGCACAUACCGUUCCCAUACAUACCGCAGGAUGGAACGUUUUUGUUUGAGGCAAUGACAUUUGUUUUUACCCUAGUCGCUACUGGACUGCAGUUUCUGAAUCUGUAUAGAACUGCUUGGUGGUUACCACAUUCAUACACAAAUCAGACAAUGAAUUUCUAUCUGAUUGAUCCACAUUUGGUUGCGUUUAUAGUGACAAUAAUAUUCACAAGACUAUUGCUCAGUAUAUGUUUGGCACUGUUAAGGACUAUAUUGGCACCGAAACUCAUGCCUCAUGCAACUAUAGCAGCCAGAAUGUUCAUAUUGGGCAUGGUGUUGGGUUCUCUAGCGUGGUGCACAUACUUUAUAGCGCUCAAAUAUCCACUUGUGAAGAUAUUCUACCUCUGUUACCCUGCGGUAGUCUACUUCCUCCUAUUCGGAUUCCAUUCUGGUCCAUUCCUGGAACUAAAUCAUUCGGACGCGCCUCCGCUGCAUUGCUGCUCGCACGACCCGCAGCAAGUUAGAGACGAAGUGAACGCUCUGAGACAGGACUUCAACAUGAGAGUCAAGAAGAUCCUGUUCAACUCUGUUGUGGGAGCGUAUUACUCUAGUUUCAUACCAUGUUGUUUUGCACAGUCGUACCUGUACUACGACGUGUACGGCGCGUCGCAGCAAGUAGCGUUCGUGUGGGGCGGACUGUUCGGGCGGUACGCGAGUCAGCUGCUGUCGGGCGCGCUGUGCGACGUGCCGCACCGCGCCGCGCUGCAUCUCGGACGGUGGAAGCUCGACACGGCGCCUGCAGAUGCGUCGGAGGUCCCGGCGUGGUCGGGCGCGCGCGCGUGGGCGCUGGGGCAGCGCGCGUGGCACGCGGGCGCGGCGCACGCGGCAAACGCGCCCACCGUCGCCGCCGAGCCCGCCUGCGCUGCGCAUGUGCGCUUCUAUGCGGUGUUCAUAAAUCCAUCAAUGUUGCUGUGUCUACUGUUGUGCCUGCAACUGUCGCUGAUUGUACUCCAACUGUGCUUGCUCUUCAGCUCAAUACCUUGGCACAACUUUUUGUCCAUAGUCAUACUACUGUUCAUAAACUACUACACGCUAUUCAAGAUGGUGCGGGACUAUUUGGUAGCGUGGAAAGUAUAUAAAGCAGAGAGUAUGAUACAGGAUAAAAACUGUCCAAUAAGUAUGGCCAACUGAUAUAGUGGAAACCGUUUCAAUGCGCACAAAACUUAUGUAAUGCGUUUGUCUUACUGUGUCUUGAAGUAUUAAUGCGAUUUGUUUGGGUAUUAUAAAAGAUAACAUAAGUAUGAAAAUGGUCUAAAACACUACAUGAAACAUUGGCAAACUUGUCUCAAGCAGUUAAGUUGAAAAUGGUUCACAUUUGUUUCGUAAAAAGGCUACAGUCCGAAAAA